AUGGUCCCAAUGUUUUUCUCUCUUCUUUCAGACAUUCGCGAUCGGCUAAAAGGUGUUCGCACUGGAGAUGAAAAGAAAAAGCUUCAAACUUUGCGCAGCGAAAUGAACGCGCUCAAUCGUGCAUCUCAGGAAAUGCUCAAGAAUAACGUGUUCCAAAACUAUCAACAGUUCAUCGAUGCAUCCAAGGAGAUUUCAUAUCUCGAACAAGAAAUAUACCAAUUAUCAUCACUUCUUCUUGACCAGAAACUGCUUAUUGAAAAUCUUAUGCAGAUGACAGGUGACGAUAAGUCAUCGCUACAAACGGUAUCAAGUCAUUCUACACCGGUCUCUGCUGUUACUCCUAUCCAAGUUCUUAUGCAGAAAAUGGAUGGCAUAGCGAGCAUCCUCAAUAAUAUGCGUACUUCCGACAAGGUGCUCUUAUAUGGAGAAAUGAUGCAGCUUGAUCCAGAAACGAAAGAGGACAUUCACCGUGCUAUGCUUAUCUUGCUGUCAGAUAGAUUACUGAUAGGAAACAUCACUCCUUGCGGGAAGUAUAGUUUGGAGUCGACAUUUUCUCUUAAAAAUUUGGCAGUAGUGAACGUUAAGGAUAGAGAAAGUGGACCUGCGGUAGCCGACCAAUUGCUGAAGCUUCUGGUAUUCCCAGAACAGAGAUACUACCGUUGUGAAAGCUCCCGCGUCAAGAAAAUGUGGCUUGAUGAACUUGAAAAGGCAAAGCGGGAGAUCCUGCAUGAAAGUAUUAUGGCUCGACAGUCCACGAUUCGUGGCAAGCGAAUCACUGUCCAAGUAAUUGACUUCUAUUUCUGGUACAGUUCUACAAUCCUUUUGCUUUAUUACAAUAACACAGCUGCAGACCAGGACGAGAUCGCUUGGCUUCAGGAGUUACCUGCGGAAUUGGACGAUUGCAUGGCUCAUAGAGAUCUCGAUCAAGCAGUUGAAAUUAUCCAUGAAUGGAAGCAGUGCUCAACCAAAGAUCCUAACAUAGAUGCACAACUGAAAAUUCGUGCUAUCACAACGCUGUUUCCGAUUAUUCAACUACUGAGCGAUGACGUGCGUCGUCCUGGCGCGGUUCAUGGUGGUCCUCGUGCAAUGAAGAAAGCUCGAACGCUGUUGGCGCAGCUUGGAAGAGGGACAUACGCGAUUGAUCUCUACCUUCGGCGUCGUAGUGCCUUACAACGAGCGGCGGUCAAAGAUAUUGCUGUAUCGGAGGAGCCGCUAUCAUAUGUCCGCCAACUAUGUACACUUUUUUCUGCAGCAGUUACUGAUGUGGCUAGCGAGUUCCAUUCACAACCACAGUACUAUUGCCAGGUGCUACAAUGGUGUUCAGGUGAACUGAGUCUCUUGCUUUCACUUGUUCGAAGGCACGUAAUUGAAGUAGCUCCUGCGAUGACGGUUCUUGCGUUUACAUGGGGCAUCUUAAUGGAGACCAUGGAUGAGUUGACGGCGAUGGGUAUACAGUUAACAUUCGAGGUACAUCGUCUACUUGCUCCAGCAUUAGAGUCCGCUAUAGAAACAAAUUUCAACAAUAUUAUGCAAGGGAUCAAAUUGCGAAUAACGGAGGAGCGGUGGCGACCUUACGCAUUAGAAUCCGAAUCGGCACUCACUCGACUUGUGGAAGAGCUAUCAGAUGUUGGUCUUAAUAUUGAUUGGACAGUAGCAGGAGAUAGCCGCGCAGCCAUCUUGCUGUCACCGCACGCAAUUCACUUUGCACGUGUUGCACAUUCCCUUGCUAGGGAUUUGGCGCCACUCAGACGGUCUCCAGCUCGUUCUACCUGUGAUCGAUGUACCUACGAGCUUUGGAAUGAUUAUUUGCGUCAUCUAUCUAGUUCACUAUGUGAUAGUACAGUUUAUGCGUACACUGCUACCUUUAUACUUACUCAGGUUCUUCCACAAUGUGAGUCGACAUUAUAUUGUGAUGAUGAGCCAAGCGAUGCUUUAUCUCGUCUGUUGGCUGAAAAUUAUCCUAAGCUCGUUCCUUACGCUAAGGACGAGGAGGAAGAAAUUGUGGAAGACGAGGAAGAAGUUGCACAUAUUUAA